GCAACCGUGGCCAGGAAGCGGAAAGAAACCUCCUGAUGUGCUGAAGCUAAAAUCUCAGAGGCAAAGUUCCUGAGUGCGGAGGGCACGAUGGCCUUGUUCGACGGCGAGGCGUCCCCCUUCGAGGUGCAUGCGCCGAAUGACCCUCCCAAGAGGUCCUUCGGGGCUUCCCAGGACGUGCCCAAGGCCUUCCACAUCCUGUCCACCCACGUGAGCAACCUGGAAGCCGCCAGGGACGCUGCCGCAGUCGCAGCCUCCUCCUUCGACGACCUCAACGUCUCAGCUUCCCUGGACGCUGCGGUCGACCACCUAAACGACACGCUCUACCUCGCCAGCACAGAGAACUUCAACGACUCGACCUCGCUGGGUGGCAGGAUGACUAAGGACCUGCCGCAGGAAAUGAUCUUUAACGAGUCCCACAUCAUCACCAUCAGUGCCUACUCCUGCCUGAUGGUGCUCUCGGCGUUGGGCAACAUCUCCGUGCUCACGUCCAUCGCGGGGCACCGGAGUCGCAACUCAACCUCGCGCGUCACGCUGAUGAUCCUUCACCUGACGAUCGCAGAUCUGCUGGUGACCUUCCUGGUCAUGCCGCUCGAGAUCGGCUGGGCGUGGACCGUCGCCUGGACGGCCGGCGACCUGGCCUGCCGCGUCCUCGCCUUCUUCAGGACCUUCGGAGUGUUCCUCAGCGGGUUCCUCCUGGUGGUGAUUAGUGUCGACCGCUACCACGCUGUCCUGCGCCCGCUCUCGGUCACGGAGGCCAAGCGGAGGGUCAGACUUAUGCUGUGGGCGGCGUGGAUAGGGUCGGGGGUCUGCUCUGUGCCGCAGACGAUGAUCUUCCACGUGGAGCAGCACCCCGAGUACCCGUGGUUUGAGCAGUGUGUCACCUUCAACAGCUUCCCGAGCCCGACGGUGGAGCUCAUGUACAACGUGGCCGGGUUCCUCGCCAUGUACGCCAUCCCUCUGUGCACCAUCGUCUUCUGCUACGGAUCCAUAGUCAUCGUGCUCUACAGGAAGGACGGACGCCCCGCCCUUCGCUUCGCAGUGUUCUCCCGGGACGCGAGCGACGAACGCCACGCCCCCUCGCUCGGAAGGACCAAGACCCGGACGCUGCACAUGACCCUCAUCAUCGUCACUGUCUUCUUCCUGUGCUGGACACCAUACAACAUCAUGAGCCUAUGGUACUUCAUCGACCGGUCGAGCGCCCAGCUGGUGGACCCGCGCGUGCAGGCGGCCCUGUUCAUCUUCGCCGUGGCCAACUCCACCGUAAACCCCCUCGUCUACGGGUACUUUAACGUGCGCCGCGGCUCCCGCAACCAGCCCUCGCGCCAGGAAUGGAGGAUGAAGAGGAUCGUGUAUAAACCACCGUUUCGCCAUCAUCUCCCGGGGUGUCUCUGCAGCCCCGUCAAGAGCUCGUCAAGUGACUUGCCCUGCCACAACCACUUCGUCAACGGCCACGCCGGUUAUCGACCUCGAUAUGGAGUCCAUAAUUUUCCAGACAUAUAGGACACGCUUGAAGAGUCCUACUUCUAAUUUUCCGGACAUUGAGGAUACGCUUGAAGAGUCUUGUUUCUAAGGCCAUUAUGAAACAUAUCAGGUGUUUGUGGUAUCGACAGUUUGUCAGUGAUGUGCUUUUUUCUCUAUUGCUUCGGCGAAAUCCAGUGAUUCAAAAUAGCUGGAGAACAAGGAUGAAUGAGGUUUACUGAAAUGCGAAAUCAAACGAGUGAGAAGAUGCUGGAUUUUCGUUCUCUCUAAUAAUCUGUAUCUCUCUGCCUCGUGCAAUAAUAAUGUUUAGAAUUUUAAACUGAAAAGGGAAGAUUGACACAGACACAUGUAUGAAAUAGCCCUAAGGAAAAAUCCCCGGCUGCAAUGGAGAUUAGACUGCGACGGCGCCGCCCAUGACACGAAUAGGGCGGAGUGUCAUGAGCCUUCGACUUCGCUACUCAAAGUUGCUUAAACGUCGACGAUGACUUUGUACCUGUUGAUAGGUGCUAAGUAUAGCUAGAUCACGUUCCCUGUAGUGUUGCUAGAAGACCUUUUUAGCGUUUGUAUCGAAGUGACGUUCAGGUGAACUCUCCUUCCAAGGCCGGUCAACAGAGAGAGAACGACAUGACAAUAAAGUUGCCAGAAUAACUCACGGAACCGGCCCCGUUGCAGUGCAAUAAAAUGCAGU